AUGUCUGCCAUUUCCCGCGCUCUUCUGCGCACCUCGCGUGCUGCUCUGCGCCAGCGCUCUGGCGCCAACCCGCUCACCAACACUCUGGGCCUCAAUGGCACCCAGCAGUACAUGGGCCAUGUGCGCAACUAUGCCGCCGCCUUCGAGCGUAACAAGCCGCACGUCAACAUCGGUACUAUUGGUCACGUCGAUCACGGCAAGACUACCUUGACCGCUGCCAUCACCAAGCGUCAGGCCGAGAAGGGCUUUGCCAACUUCCUCGAGUACGGUGCCAUUGAUAAGGCUCCCGAGGAGCGCAAGCGUGGUAUUACCAUCUCCACCGCCCACAUCGAGUACCAGACCGAAAACCGCCACUAUGCCCACGUCGACUGCCCCGGUCACGCCGAUUACAUCAAGAACAUGAUUACUGGUGCUGCCAACAUGGACGGUGCUAUUAUCGUUGUCGCCGCUUCGGACGGUCAGAUGCCCCAGACUCGUGAGCACUUGCUGCUUGCCCGCCAGGUCGGUGUUCAGAAGAUUGUUGUUUUCGUCAACAAGGUCGAUGCCGUCGAUGACAAGGAGAUGUUGGAGCUCGUCGAGAUGGAGAUGCGUGAGCUGCUCACCUCCUACCAGUUCGAGGGUGAUGACACUCCCAUUAUCAUGGGUUCCGCUCUCUGCGCCCUCGAGGACCGUCAGCCCGAGAUUGGUGUCCAGGCCAUUGAUAAGCUGCUGGAGGCCGUCGACACUUGGAUCCCCACCCCCGAGCGUGCUCUGGACAAGCCCUUCCUUAUGUCCGUUGAGGACGUCUUCUCCAUCGCCGGUCGUGGUACUGUCGCCUCGGGUCGUGUUGAGCGCGGUAUUCUGAAGAAGGAUUCCGAAAUUGAGCUUGUUGGCAAGAACGCCACUCCCAUCAAGACCAAGGUUACCGACAUUGAGACUUUCAAGAAGUCCUGCGACGAGUCCCGCGCCGGUGACAACUCUGGACUUCUGCUCCGUGGUGUCAAGCGUGAGGAUGUCAAGCGUGGUAUGGUCAUUGCCGCUCCUGGUACCCAGAAGGCGCACAAGAAGUUCCUGUGCUCCCUGUACGUCCUGACCAAGGAGGAGGGUGGCCGUCACACUGGUUUCCACAACAACUACCGCCCUCAGGUCUUCAUCCGCACUGCUGACGAGGCUGCUGCUCUCACCUGGCCCGAGGAUGCCGCAGACCAGGACAAGAUGGUCAUGCCCGGCGACAACGUCGAGAUGGUCUGCGAGAUCCACCACCCCGCCCCGCUUGAGGCUGGUCAGCGCUUCAACGUCCGUGAGGGUGGCCGCACCGUCGCCACUGGCCUGGUUACUCGCAUCAUCGAGUAA